UCCCAGCCAGGUGUGUGGGUCUAUGGGGAGGGGGUGGCCCCACCCCUGAGAUAUGAAAGCCCCCCUGCCCUGGCCCUGGCUCAGUCUCCAUGGGGGCACUGGGGCUGGAGGGCUGGGGGAGGAGGCCCCAGGGGAAGGGCUGCCUCCUGCUGGCUGUGGCAGGAACCACCUCCCUGGUGACCCUGCUGCUGGCUGUGCCGCUCACUGUCCUGGCUGUGCUGGUGGUGGCGCCCCAGAAGCAAGGGCUGGGCCCCCGGAGCUGCCGGAGCAGGACGCAGAAAGCGAUCCCAGUCCCGGGCUUCCGGCUGCCCACCUCAUAG